AUGAAGCUGGGGAUCGCUCUAGCAAUCGCCCCGUCGGUCUUCGCUGGAUCUCUCGCCUCGCGAAGCCCAGAUCUCGUCUCCAGAGACACCCCAGGAGGAGAUCGUCCUUAUCCCCCAGCCUUCUGCCUUUGCAGAUCCGGAGACGAAGACGGUCCGGUCGACACGGCUGCGACCGACACGACCCUUACACAGGUAGUCUGCAAGCAAGUCCCCGAUAGCACAUUUAAGAUAUACGACAGUCCUGAUAAAGACCCUCUUCAUGGCGGGUGUUUCAGCUACUACUUCAUCGAUUUUUUCUUCAAUAUCAAUGAAAGUAUGGAAUAUUUCGACCCCAAGUGCAGGGAGGUAUCGAAGCAGUGUCAGUAUUGGGCAGAAUGUUGGGGUGGAGAUGGAACAGUGGAACAAGGACAGGUAAUGGCAAAGGGGAACCCUAACGGCACUUGUGGAGAGCAGAAGGGGCCUAGUGAGGAGGAGGAGGAGGAGGAAAAGAAGAAGAAGAAGAAACGUGAUGAGGAAAAACCAGUUCUUCUAUCCACGCGAACCCCACAACUUACCGACGACGACGUUCCUCCUUUUGACGAACCCUUUUGUCUGUGCAAAUAUGGCUCUGAAGACGAUGAUAUGGGCGACAAGACUCUCACACAAGAUGCCUGUACCCAUGUUCCUGACAGCCAAUACUUUGUGUACGAGAAUGCUGCUGGGGAUUUACAAGGAGGUUGUUUCAGCUACAGCUUUGAGAAAGAUUUCCCAGAUAUCAACGCCACAGCAGCAUAUUUCCAGAACCUCUGCACGACGGAAUCAGGCAACCAGUGUCAGUAUUUCUCCGAGUGUUGGGGCGGAGGAGGAACGACAGAUGAUGGGCAAGUCGUCGCGCGAGGAAACCAUUCUUGUCCAGGAGACACCCCUCCUAAUGAUGGAAGUCUGCACUCGCGAAAUGCACCGGUCGUCCUCCCUCGCCAGAUCGAGUAG